GUCUGAAUCAUUCACAUCCAUUUAUUCACACACAGGGAAUUAACAUACAGGGACUAGCGGCAGUUUCCAAACUAAAUAGGACGUGGUGCCUUUUUGGAAUUAUAACGUUAGAUCAACACUAUGCUGAUUUAAGUGGAGGCAUAAUUUGAAUCAAAAUGAGCUGGGUUGUGGAAGAGUGGAAAGAUGGCCUGUCUGGAAAAGCCCUCCAGAAGAUCCAGGAGUUUGAGAGCCAGUUGGACAAACUGAAGAAAGAACGACAGCAGAAACAGUUCCAGUUGGAAUCAUUGGAAGCUGCCCUUCAGAAACAGAAGCAGAAGUUCGACUCUGAAAAAAGUGAAGUAGCUGCUAUCAAGAGGGAAAAUCAGUCACUACUGGAGUCAUGUGACAACCUGGACAAGACCAGGCUUAAACUUACCCACGAUCUACAAGUGAAGGAGCAACAGGUGAAUUUCCUGGAAGGUCAGCUGGCCACCAGCAGGAAACAGAUUGAAAGACUGGAACAAGAACUCAAAAAGCAUAAAAAUGACCUGGACAAGUCUCAGAUCUCUAACACCAGUGAGCUACAGCCAUACAGCACUCCCCAGAAGACCUUCACUGCCCCUGCCACUCCAAGCUAUAGGCAACAUGAGUCAAGGUUGGAGGAUCUUCAGGAAAAAUACAGCCAUGAAGUUGAGGAAAGGAAGAGACUAGAAACUGAACUCAAAGUCUUAAAAGUCAAACUGCUGAACCAGUCGUCCGUCAGUCACAAGGACAUUGCGCGGCAGCAGAAUGGUUCCUCCAUAUUUCCAUGGCAACAGGAGCAGACGCCCUCCAAGAGGAGACCUGGGGCGGCCAGCUCGAUGUGGAACACAGAAGAGACCCCCGUGAGGCCGAGCCAGCAGAGCUCUUUCAUGGCACAAGGAGAGGCUACAGGAAAUUCACAGCAGGCUGAGCAACUCGGGGCACUGAAUCAAGAUCUUAAAAUCAAGGUAACUGAGCUGGAGCAUCGUCUUCAGGCACAGGAGAAAGACAUCAAGAAUCAGAUGAACAAGUUCAAUGAGACCCAAAGUCAGCUGGACAAAGCCAAAAGGGACCUUGCCGACAAGGAGAGGGGCCUGACCAAGUCGAAGGAUGACUUGGCUAAAAUGACUACACAGCAUGAGCAAGCUGUGGCAAAGUGCACAUCAAUGGAACAGAAACUGAAGCAGGUGACUGAAGAGAUGAACUGUCAAAGGCACAACUCUGAUAGUACACGACGGACCCUGGAGCAGAAGAUCAAAGACCAGGAGAAAGAGUCUCAAAAGGAUCUUGCACAUUUGCAAAGCUCCCAUCAAGCUCUGGAUCAGCAGUUCAACCAAACGAAGACCAAGAUGAGCCAGGAGAUCCAACAAGCAAAAAAAGAAUUCAACGUGUUGCAAUCUGAAGUUGAUAAGGUAACUGCACUGAAAAAUCGCUUGGAAAAAGAUAUGGAAGAGCAGAAACAAAGGCUCUUCAAAUCUGACCAAGGAUUUCAGGCUAGUCAAACAAAGGAAAUGGAGCUCAAGAAAAAAUGUGACGAGAUGCAAAGAGAGCACAACAACCUUAGCAGUCAGCUGCAGCAAGGAACCAAAAGACUGAAUCAGCUUGAGGAAGAACAGAAAAUUAAUGAACAGAGCCUUAAGCAGAGCCGUAACAUGGUGGAGGACUUAAAAGCCAAAGCUGAAGCUCAGAGUGAAGAACUAAAAGCCCUUAACAAAAAAUUAGAGUGUCAAAGCCAGUCCAGUUCUGAAGACAUUGACAACCUUAAGAAAACUCUCAGUGCUAUGGAAACAAAGGAGAAGUUGUGUCAAGAAGACUUGAACAAACAAAAGCUAGAAGUCGAGCAGCUACAAAAUAAACUUCAGGCUCUUGAGAGAGAGAAGCACGAUCUUCAAAUUACCACAGAAGCAGCGCAAAAGGAAAUUGAAGAGGUCAAGCAGGCAUAUGAAAAGAUUGUGGAGUGGAAAAAUGAAAAGGCUCAGUUGAUUGAAAAUACGGAGGCAGACCGUAACACAAUGCAGGCCAAAAUUGAUGAAUUGGAAAAAUCGUCAACAACAUUGGUUGAUACAAACAAUUGUCUUCAGCAAAAACUCCAAGAUUUAGACAGAGAGAAGCAGUCUCAGAUUGACUCCCUCAAAGGUGAGCUUCUCAACAAGUGCAUGGAACUUGAGGAAAAGGGUCGCAUGUAUGAUGAAAUGCUUCAGAAAUACAACGAGGCAGAUCAGAAACACACCAAGGAUGCUGAGAAUACUAUGGCGCAGAUAAAAAUGCUCGAGGACCAGGUGAAGGAUCUGGAAAUGAGAGUUCAAGUGGAGACGAAGAAGACUGAGAGGAUGGAGCAGUGUCACAGCGAACUGCUGGCACAGUACGAAAGCGCCUGCGACUUGGCCAAGUCCAAGGAUGCCAUCAUCGAGCUAACUCAAAAUCGAAUUGCCCAUCUACAGGAGAGUGCAUCUGACUCUGAUGCCCAGCAGGAGCAGCUGUUAGCAAGAUUUGAGGAGGAGAAGAGCAAUCUGGUGAAAGAGUGUGAAGAGAGCCAGGCAGUGAAAGCCAAUGAAGCAGAGCAAGCAAAGUUAGACCUGAUCAGGUGUGAACAGGACAUUCUUUUGUUGCAGGAUCAGGUAACCUCACUUGAAUCAGCACUGAAAUUCCAGAAAGGGUUGAGUGUGGAAGUACAGACAAAACAUGCAGACCUUCUUAAAGUAAACAACGAUCUCACACAGAGGAUCUCUGAAGCUGAGAAGAGGGAGGAAGAUCUCUUGAGCGAGGUGAAAGCCCUGUCUGACCAGGUGACGUCCCUUUGUGCCCUUAAAGAUCAGUGCGCUGAAUUUGCUACUGCUGCAGAGGAGAGCAAACUAGCAUUAGAGAAUCUGCAGGACACCCACAAGCAGACUGUAGAGGAAUUACAAACUCAAAAGACAAGACUGGAGAAAUUUGAAAUUCAAAUCAUUGAGGUGGGUGAUGACAUAUCCAGUCUAGAGAGAGAAAAUUCUGAGUUGACCGAGAACCUCGAAAGAGUACAGAGAGAAAAGGAAGAUCUUUCCUCAAAGUAUCAAACCAUAUCAGAGGCUCACAACGCUAUUUGCGAGGAAAAAACUGAUCUUAAAAAACAGAUUUCGACCAUAUCCGCUGCACUUGCAGAGAAAGUAACUGUUGUAGAAAUGCUUGCAACAGUAAAAACUGAUCUUGAGGCUUCAAAUGUGAUGUGUGCUGAGCUAAAGAGCACUGUUGAGUCCCUUCAAAAGCAGCAUGACUCUGUUGUGGCUCAUAACUCAAAUUUGGAGAAGAGUUUGGAAGAGAAAACGGACAGGAUUGGCUCAUUGGAGGCAGAUGUUAAAGAACGCUCUGCAAAGUUCAAUGAAGCAGCUGAAGCUUAUGUUGCUGAAAUGGAAAAACAUCUUCAAAAACACAAGAAUCUGAAAGAACAACUGGAAGUUGUGAAGGCUCGGCUUCAGACUAAAUGUCAGGAGGCCGAUGAAGCUGAAGAAAAAUUGACCAGUUGUUUGUCUGAAAUAUCCAGCCUGAAGGAAGAUCUUGAAGUAAGUAAUGCCAAGCUCAAGGAAGUAAGUGAGGCUUGUGACCGGAUCAGCCAGGAGGUGUUGAGUUGUAAACAGUCUGCCUCCUCACAUGCACAGGAACUGGAGACAUUGAGAGGUGCUUUGGAGACAUCUAAGAGAAGCGAAGAAAGUAAAGGAUGUGAGAUUCAGACACUCAAAAGCCAGCUGCGUGAGGCAGAACUCGAAAAGUCCAAGGCCUCUGAUGCAGUCAAAGAGAAAAACAUCAGUAUGAACAAAAUUAAAGUCCAGCUUGAGAUGCUUCAAAUGGACCUGGAGGACAACGAAGCCUGCAUAACUACAUAUGAUUCCCAAAUUGAGGAACUUAAAGGCACUGUUAGUAUUCUUGAGGGAAAGUUCGACCAUUGUGAAACUCAAAAAUACGAUUUGAAAGUGGCGCUGGAUGGUGCUCGAGACCAGCUCUCAACAAAAACUAGUGAGAUCUCACAAUUGAUGGCAUGUUUGGAAGAUACCCACAAACAACAACACAAUAACUCUGCCUUGGCAUCCGAACUACAGUCUGUUCAAACAACAAAUGAAAAUCUCAAGGUGGCGUUAGAGGCAGAAGUUUGUAAAUGCACAAACAUUGAGACAAUCCAUAACAAUUUGAUAGAACAAAAACGCGAAGUAGAAACAAAUUUGCAGGAACUCCAAAGGGACUACCAGAAUGCUCUUAAGGGGUUGGAUUCUUUGAAACUGAAAAAUGACAGCCUUCAGGAAGUCAUCCAACAACUUACAGAUGAAACACAGACCCUCAAGUUAGCCCUAGAGCAAGCAACACAACAGAUGGAGAAAACAUCUGUGAAAAAUAAAGAGUUUGAAGAAGAGCACACAAAACUCUCUCAUCAGCUUGUCAUGUUGCAGAAUGAGCAAUCUCAGUUCACUAACCAGUACAGUCAGUUGCUGUCCCAGGUGGUUGAACAACAGUCACGUAUUGAACAGCUUCAAGAAGUUAAGAAACAUGAGAGGGCCCUGAACGCUGACAGUGCAAUCCAGCAGGAGUACACUGAGGAAGAAAAUGUUGUGGACCAGCAGCCUGCUUGUGAGAAUUUGGAGACGUGCACGUCUCCUGUUGAGGAAAUUACACCACCACUGAUCACUUCAGCUGAUGAGAGUUCAGAGACAGAAUCCAAAGCUCUUGAAGUAUCUGAGCCAGUGAGUGAGGUUGAUGUCCAUGCCUCGAUUGAAGAACAGCUGCAAGAAAAGUCCAGAGAGCUAGAGGAACUCUCCCAUGCGUUUGAGGAAGCUGUCCAAACCCUUGAGGAGCAAAGAGAGGUUCAGCUUGAGCAGCUCAGAGAUCAGUAUACUGCUGAGCUACAGAAAAUGGACAGUGUCAAGCUUGAUCUGGAGACUAAACUUGUAGACGAAAGGCAGCACAUUGAGAUGUUGUCUUCACAGCUAGAGGUCGCCAGACAACAAAUGGAGGAACUAAACCUCGCCUCACAGUCUCUGCUGUUGGACGAUCAGGAAAAUGUCCCACAGGCAGCAACAGCAGAUGCCUCUUUAGCAGUGGUGAAAGAUGAUCGUUCCAAGACAGAGGAGCUAGAUGAUGGUGAAUUCUUUGAUGCUCCUGGUUCUCUAAAUGAAUCCACUAUUCCAGAGACGGUAGAUGAUGAUGGUGCUGGAGAACCCUUGACCCUUGACUACACUCCAGAUAGCCCUAAAGAACAAGGAGUCUCACUGAUGGAACUACACGCAAGUAAGGACACAAUAAAAAGGCAAGAGGAAGGUCUGCAGGAGCUGCACGCUCAAUAUGAACUCUUAACAGCCGAGAUGGCUAUUCGAAAAGAACUGUGUAAGGAGAUGGAGAACAAGGUCCAUGAAUUGGAGAAAGAGAAAUCUGAAUCACUUGAUAAGUUGGCCUCUGCCAAUGGGGAGAAACGGGUGCUUAGCUCUCAGGUUGAGGCAAUGACUGAAGAGAUUGACUUAUUGAAACUGCAACAGCAAACCUCAAAUUCUCAACUCUCCGACGUACUUGAGAUGCUGGAGGGCUUGGAACAUGCUAAAGGUGGCUGGGAUGAGAAAUUCCUCCAGAUUGAGAGCGAACUGAAAAGGACCAGAUCAGAGAAGUCCAACUUGGAGAAGCACAUUUUGUCCAUGGAGGUUGACCUCGAGAGUAUGCAUGAACAGAAGCAGAGAUUGGAGACUGAGCUUGAGUCAAGCAGAAAGACUAACGGCUCUCUGGAGCAAGAGCUGAGUAACGCAGUGACUGAAAGAGGGCAACUGAAGCAAGAGCUCUUCUCAUGUUCAGAGGAAAGGGAGAGUGAGAAUCAGUCCCUCGUGAAGAUGAAGGAAAAUGCUGUCUUUUUGGAAAAGAACAACCUCGAUACAAGAGAAUUGAUCAGAAUUCUUGAGGAGGACAUUCAUGCAGGAAGGAAACAAUUCGAGGAGGCUUCCAACAAAAUAGACAUCCUUGUCAAAGAAAAAGAAGAACUUUUAGAACAGGCCCAGUUGUUGGUGCAAAAUAUUGUAACACUCAAUGAAGAGAAAGGACAACUGCUAACAGAAUUUGGGCAGCUCAAAGAUGGAGAGAACACUGUUCUUCGAGAAUCUGAGAGCAUGGUUUCCAAAGUCCACUCCCUGCAGGAGGAGAAUGCAAAGCUUUCUCUGUCGCUUGAGUCCUCUCUCUUGGAGAAAGGUGAAAUAGCCGCACGGUUGAUCUCCACUCAAGAAGAGGUUACCCAGAUGAGAACUGGCAUUGAGAAACUCAAGGUCCGUAUCGAGUCGGACGAGCGGAAGAAGAACCACAUGAGCCAGCUCUUGAAAGCUGCCCAAAGAAAGGCUGAUUCCCUACAGGACAACAUCGAAAAGCUUGAGAGGGAAAGGGAGGAUUCUGAUCAGAACUUCGAGCAGGUAGUCCUGCAGGCAGAAACUACUAAAGCCGAGCUUGAGGAGCUUGAAGCUGAGAAGAAGGUUCUUUCUGCAACAAUUGAUGAGAUGACCAUGAAACUGAACAAUCUUCGAGAAGAGAAGGACAGACUUGAAAAAGAGCUCACCCUAAGAAUUGAAGAAAUGCAGGUGUCCAUGCAAGAAGUGUCUCAGAAGCUUGUUAGUGCUGAACAAGCCAAUAAAGAUGCUGAGAUCAACCAGAAAAAUGUUGUCGAUGAGCUCCAGUCCAAACUUGGUGCCACUGAGUGUGCACUUCAGACCUGCCGAAAUGAGCUUGAAACUACGCAGCUCAAAGAACAGGACGCAACCCGUCAACUUUUGUCCUUGCAAACGGCAAACGAGGAACUUGAGCAGAGACUGCAGAAGGCUGAAGAGCUGCAGGACAGCCUACAGUCAGUCAGCCAGUCUCUCCAGAACGAUUUGGCAGUCAAACGACAACAACAGAUUACCGAAAGGGAGGAAGAAAAGGCCAAAUUGCAUGCUCAACUUGAAGAGCUGCGGGGGCUGGUGGAGGAGAAGCAGCAGUGGGAAGAGGUGAGGGAGCAACUGAAGGCUGUCGCCGCAGAGUGGGAGGAGAAGGCGCAGGCCGAUUCUGCUAAAAACGAGACCAUGCAGAUCACCACUGCGUCUCUCCAAAGCAGUGUCAAGCAGCUGGAAACUCAACUGGAAGCUGCAACAGUGAUGAAUGCGGAGCUCACCGAAAAAAUUAAUGCAUCGCAAGAGACCAACUUGAAUCUCCAGAAAGAACUUGAGACUGAAAGGAGUGCGACAAAAGAUGGUUUUCAGCUAAACUCACUCAAUAUUCAACUUCAAGAGAGUCAGAGGGAAGCACAGAGCUAUAAACUAUCCUUAGAAACAUUGGCAGCAGAGAAGGAGGAACUGGCAAGAAACCUGGCAGGCAUACAAGAAAGUCUUGUUGAGAUGAAGGAGAGAGAAAUAAGACUGGAGGAUGCCCUGAAACAGGCUCAGCAACAGCACGUGGACAAGCUGACGGCUGUGAGAGAGGAGAUGGCGGCAGCCGAGAGCAAGGCCACGGAGCUCUUAUCUGACACCAGCAGCCUGAGGGCCAGGGAGCAGGAGCUGACCUCUGCCUUAGAAGCGCUGCAGGGUCAACAUGACCAGUGCAAACCCACGCAGGAUGAGCUGAACUCAAAGAUGGCGAAGCUUUCCAAAGAGAGGGAUGGCGUCCUCAGCAAGAUGAACCUGUGGAUGAAGUCUUGCAAACAACUGGAGAGUGAGAAGCAAAACCUGGCGGAAGAGAACCAGAAACAGGGAGAGCAGAUCACAAGUCUGAAGGCCUCACAGAAACUAGCAGCUGAUGGUGACUGCAGUGUGGAUGACCAGAAGGCCGAGCUGGAGGAGCUGAGGGAGGCUUUGGAGGAGAAGACCAAGGAGGCAGACGAUAGCAUGGACCGCUACUGCAGCCUGAUGGUCAAAGUGCACAAGCUGGAGGAGGCCAACGAGAGUCUCCAGAACAAAGUCAAGCAGCUCACCAGUCAGACCUCGGCCAGCAAGGCCAGGAAGUCAACGUCAGCCAGCACCCAGUCAGAAGACAAGAGCAGCAACGUGGAGAACACCAGGCCCGAAGCCAGAGAGGACCCAGAAGGACACGCCUCGGCAAAGAGGUCCAGGGCUCUGGCGGAGACCCCCGUCAAGGCCCAGGAGGCCUUGCAGAACCUCGCCAAGAGGCUGAAAGCGGGAGCCACACCCCAGCCACGUCUGCGGGAAGAGUUCAGUCCUGAGGGACUGCCUGACCGUGUGAUGAAAGGCUUUGCCGACAUCCCCAAGGGUGAGAUGAGCCCCUUCAUUGUGCGCCGGACGGCAGUGCAGAGGUGCAGCCCUCGUCUGGCUGCUCAGAAUUCCCCGGUUGCCCAGCAGAUGUCCUUCUCGGCGGACCAGUCCAGGUGCAGCUCAAAACCACCAGCAGAGGACAGCAGUUCACAGGAAGGUUUGACUGGGGGUGUCUCCAGCAUCUUGGCCUCGGUAACCAACAGCCCCCGGCCCAAGGGACCAGAGAGCCCUGCGGUCAGCAUGGACCAGAGGAAGACCAGGCGCUCCAGCAGCACCCGCAGAACCUCCGACCAGCACGAUAAACGCCGACAAACAGCCACCCCGUCAAAACAGGACGAGAACUGUCAUGUCCAGUAACACACUGAUCAGUGGUCUUUACAGAGGAGUUUUUCACAAUCAUAGCGUACUUUAACUCCUCUUACUCAAGUUUAACUCUUCUCACUCCUAACCCUAGGUUUCUAACUCUUGGUCAUUUUUGUUCCUUCACCCUACAGUGAAAAUAUAUGUUUCUGUCAUUUUUACUCUGCCGAUGUAAAAACAUCAAGUUGACUAGAUGAACAUAUUUCUUAUGCACUGCUUUGUACAGACAAAUAACGCUCCAAAUCCAUUUUGUAGAUUUGUUCAUACUGUGUUUUUUUUUUUUUUUUAAGUAAACAUGUUAACAAUCAUCAUCAAAAAUGUCCUUGUCUGUUUAAUGGUUGGUGCCCCUGGUAUUUAUAGCCCAUCCAGCACUAUAGCUCACCCAACUCCACCCUUUCUGAGUGGUAUUUCAGGAAAUGGGCAAGCUCCUGUUUAAAGUAGAUGAGUGCCCUCUCUUUCUCUCUCCCUUCUCUUAACUCUCUCCCCUUCCUUCUUCUUUUUCUAUCUCCAUCUCUCCCUCUCUUUCUCGUUCACUUGUUCCCCAACCCGAUAGAUUUUUAUCAGCCAAUUACGAUUCUACCCUGCAGAAUUUGGGAAUCAAUAUUCCUGCUGCUCAGUUCCAUGGUUGGCCUCCAUGUUGCCUCCAUGUUGGUUUUGGAGAAGGGCACAGGGCUACCCUCUGCUCCAUUUCGACUUAGUAUGAGACAGAUGCUGUGUAUU